GCAGUUGUGGGUCCGCAAGGCUCUAAAUUAUUUUAUGAAGAACUUCCAUUGAAAAAGGCUGAGAAAGAGAAAUAAGAAGAGAAAGCGACCGAUAGAUUCUCUGUAUGCUACAACCAGAAUCGGAAUCAAAAUCGCCAUAGUUGUUUUUUGGGUUUUACAUAGGAACCUAAAUAGAACCUUUAACACAGAACUUCACAGCAAUUCCUCCUACGAAGGUCUUCUAAUCGGCGCCGGCUCGAGCUCAUACUAUCACAAUGUCAAGCAAAAUUGAACUUCAGGAUCCUUUGAUUGAAGAUGUGAAAGUUCCAACAACCCGAUCUGGACCUGAAACUUCCAAUAAAACAAGUUCGAAGAAAAGAAAGCGAGGAGGAAAUCAUGAUCAGGAGGGGCCCAAGGAAAAGAUUAACGAAGUUGCGAAAAGGAAGAAGCAUUCCUCUUUUAAUGACGAGGAUAUUGAUGUCGAGGCUGGUCUUAACAAUGCAAUCGCAAAGAUGAAUGAUCAUUUAUUAGUUGAUUAUGUCGCAAGUCAAACAAGAAGAUUCGAAAGUGAUCUUAGUUCCGUUGAAUUAGAAGAUCGAUACAUACCAGUCGCUGCUGUGCAGGAUACUACAUCAUGGACGAAACCACGAAGUCUCGACAAUCUACCUGAGUUCUUGGAGAAAUUCUCUGAUAACACAACAAAACUUUGGUCUGCAUCGAAGAAGAAUGGAUCACCACACACAAUCAUUGUUACUGCUGCAGGACUCAGAGCAGCCGAUCUCGCCAGAGCGGUACGGAAAUUUCAAACCAAGGAUGUGAAAGUUGCAAAGUUAUUUGCAAAACACAUCAAGCUUAAGGAUUCCAUUGGAUUUCUAAAAUCUUCAAGGACCGGAAUCGCUGUCGGCACACCCCAGAGAUUGAAGGAUUUGAUGGAUGAAGGGUCGCUUGCUGUCGAUAGGUUGGAGAGAAUUGUUAUCGAUGCCUCUCAUAUUGAUCAAAAAAAGAGGGGUAUACUUGAAAUGAAAGAGACACAGGUCCCUUUAACAACUUGGCUAGGCCAGAAACUGUUCAGGGAGAGAUAUGAAGGCUCCACGGACAAGUUGCAAGUUUUAUUUUACUGACGGCAAUUGUCAAUCCCUUUCAUAAAAUUUUACAAUAGAAUUUUUAAUAAAAGAAGAUAAUCAUAAUCAGAGGAAGGUGCA